AUGAAACAGUAUUUUUUAUAUAAAUAAUUUAAUAACAAUAUUAUAUCCGUAAUUUAUUGUACAAAAAUCAUUUCAGAAUACUGUGUUUUAGUGUAUCAUAAUGGAAGGUGACCAAAGAAGUUUAAACGAAGAUUAUAGUGAAAUAAUACGUCUUCCUAUUUCUUUAAAAUUAUCUUAUGGAAUAGGACAUGUUUUAAAUGACAUUUGUGCUUCUAUGUGGUUCAGUUAUUUAUUAGUAUUCUUUCAUUUGGUAUUAGGAUUUAACUCUACAUUAGCAGGUACAAUUUUACUUAUUGGUCAGAUAGCAGAUGCUUUAGCUACUCCAUUUGUUGGCCUUCAUUGUGAUAAAAUUGACGAUUUCUGGUUAUGUAAAUAUGGAAGAAGGAAAACUUGGCAUUUAAUAGGUACUUUAUGCGUACUGUUUGCAUUUCCUUUUAUAUUUUCACAUUGUAUUCAAUGUGAAACUGCUCAUCAAUGGGCACAACUAAUUUAUUAUGCAGCAUUUGUUAUAAUUUUCCAAUUUGGAUGGGCUGCAGUUCAAAUAUCUCAUUUAUCAUUAGUGCCAGAACUCACACCCAUUGAACAUGAAAGAACACAACUCAUAGCUAUCAGAUAUAGUUUUACUGUACUUUCAAAUAUUUUUGUUUACUGUAUUACUUGGGCAGUUUUACAUAUUAUGAAUAACAAAGACUCUCAGUCUCAAAUUGGUCCUGAUGAUGUAACAAAAUUUCAAGACAUUGUACUUAUAGGAAUAGGAACAGGAGCCAUAACAUCUAUUUUAUUUCAUAUCUUUGUUAAAGAGAGAUCUAUGAAUAAUGUUAAUGGUUCAUCGUGCACAAGUUCAAGAACAAUACCUUCAUUAUUAAAAGAUGUCCAAUUAUAUCAAGUAGCUUGCGUGUAUAUGCCCACGCGUUUAUUUGUAAAUUUAUCACAAAUUUAUGUUCCUUUAUAUUUACACAAGUCAUUAAGUAUGCCAGCUACAUCUUUAGCUAUCAUUCCCUUAAUAAUGUUUUUGAGUAGUUUUAUAAUAUCUUUAAUUAUAGAAAGAUUAAAUACAAAAUUAGGUAGAAAAAUAUCAUAUUGUUUUGGUGUUUCUUUGGGUUUAUUUGCUUGUAUUUGGAUAAAAUUUGGUAUUGGUAUAAUCUAUACAUCAUAUGAAAUCUAUCCAGUAUCUGUAAUGUUAGGAUUUGCUGGAUCUAUUAUGCUAGUGACUAGUCUUGGUAUUACAGCAGAUUAUAUAGGGCAAAAUGUGAACAGUGGUGCAUUUGUAUAUGGUACCAUGAGUUUUACAGACAAACUUUGCAAUGGAUUAGCAGUUAUACUUAUUCAGUAUUUAGAAGGGUGGGUUAAUUCAAAAAGUUUUUAUCAAAACGUUUUAGUUUAUGCUUGUAGUGCUUCCGCUAUAUUUGGUCUGUUCAUGAUAAUAUGCAUAAAACCAUUUCAUAAUAAUGGAGCAUAUAGUACAUUAAGUUCAGUGCAAACUACAACAUUACUGGAAAAUGAAUCUAAUGAUGUAUUUAAUCAAGAACAUGUUACGUAGCUAAUUUUUUUUUUGUAAAAUGCAUUUCUUUAAUUGACAUCAAAAAGAAAGUUACUAUUCAAUAAGUAUACUUUAUAUAUAUAUUGUAAGAAGUGUA